AUGAAAAGACGUACAAGCGUAUCUCAAAGUCUUCCAAGUUGUUCUUAUUUCUCACCACUCUUUGGAGAGAUUCCCUUUGUUACAAUAACACCACAAGAAAUAAUUCACGCAGAAACACAUAUAAUAUUACCUUGUUAUUCACUUCCUAAUUGCGCUUCAUUUCAAUUGUGGUGUUCAAUAUUUCCAUUACUUUCAAAUAUAUCGAAUAUUAGUGAAUUAAAUAGACUGUACUCAUUUACAUCUCCUGCAUCAUUGUCUUUACUUCAAUCAUUACCUCCAAUAGAAAGUAGUCAUUUUUUUAGGGAUACUAUUCCAAUUAUUGCUUCGUUAGCAGCUAUUCAUCCAAAACUUUUUCCAACACCACUUAUUCUUCCAACAGCACCUAAUUCAAUGCUUCGACUAAAUAGAUUACAAGUAGCGUCAUUAUUUGCAUUAUCAUUUCUUGGAUUAUUUCGAUUACCAAUAAAGUUCCAAGAUGCAAAACAAUUUCCAAGAUGUUUAAGUAUUGUAGAUAAAGUAUCGGCAACUAAACUAAGAUGUUAUAUGGCAUAUUUUAGUACUAUUGGAAUAGCAAUUAUUAAUAAAGAUCCUAUUCUUCAAGAACAAAUUACAUAUCAACGAGUAUAUGGUGAAUCACCACAAUGGUCUAAUCUAUCUCUUCCUGUUUCUGUUAAUGUUACACUUGUAGAUGGGUUAAUUGAAAAAGAAAAUAGAAAUGUAUUAAAAGCUGUUUUUUCUUCAAAAGCAGUUGGUGGAAAUGUAUUAGAAGAUGGAUGUUCACAAGAAGAAAUUAUGUUUAUUAAAUGUCCAGAAUGUAUGGUUGCUUUAUUAAUUGCACCAGUAUUAAGUGCAAAUGAAUCAUUUAGAAUAUAUAAUAUAUUACAAUAUUCAGAAGUAACAGGAUAUGCAACUGAAAUAAGUUUUAAGGGGAAUGUAGCAUCAUUACAAUUAAAACAUGACUUUGUUAUAUUUGAUGCAUUAAUUUGUGUUGAUAAAAAAUUACAAUACACUCAAUAUGGAAUUGAUAGAGAACUUAACAAAGUUUUUAGUGCAAUUAAAAAAAUAGAUGAUGAUUGUGAUAUAAUGCAACCAUUUGCAACAGGGAAAUGGGGGUGUGGUUCAAUGCUAGGGGAUUCUCGUUUAAAAUUUAUUAUUCAAUUAUUAGCUUCUUCAUUAACAGGAAGAGAAAUGAGAUAUCAUCCUUUAAAUGAUAUUCAACAUCAAAAUGAAAUUACUGCAUUUCUUCAAGCAAUUAAAAAUAAAAAACCAACUAUUCAAGAGUUAUAUACCUAUACAUUGGCUUUAUCUUCUACUAAUCCAUCUUCUCUUUUAACUAGAAUAACACAACUUUAA